AUGUCUUAUUACGAUAACCAGCAAUGGUCGGCCUCGGGAGCCCCGUCCUGGGAACAACAGGCGCCGCCCGCGCGUUCCGGUGCCAGCUCGGCCGUCCCGCGAGAGGAAGGGGCAGCAUUCUUGAUACAGAUAGAGGAGGUCGAUCGUGCUAUUGACAACCUUGCGAAGAGUGGCAAGGUUUUCCCGAACUUGUCUGGACGCCGAGAUUCGAUGCCAGUGUCGGGAGGACCGCCGAGACAAUUUCAAGAGCAAUACGAUCCUCGCAUGGCCAGUGGUCCUCCCCGACACCACUCCGUCAGCGGUGAUUUCAACAACGAUUCCCGCUCCUUCUCGGGCUCGAACCUCCAAAGCUUCUACGCCAGCCAACGACACCAGCCAUCCCGCGGCGCGAAUGAGGUCGAACAAGUGAUGCAGGCAAAGAGACGGAUGGCGGCCCAGCGUGAGAGAGAGCUGCGUAACUAUCACCAAGAGCAGCAGUACAAUCGAAGCGUUGUAGCUGAGGUUUCUACCAUGGGAGGUAAAGUCGAUCGUACACUCAGUCCCAGCAGCGGAAUGAGUGAGGACGAACGACGUGAGUUGAUUGCCCGCCAACGCAACGCACUCUACGGGGAAGGGGCCACCUACCCCGAGAACGGUACUUUCGAUGAGAACGGCACCCCUCGCCCAGUAACCCAAGGCCCAGGCUCCCAAACUGCUGCUGGUGGUAUCCGAGGCCACUCUCCCUUGGCGUUUGACCAGUUCAACGCUCAGAGCAAGGGUGAGCCAGGGCAAGCUCAAGCUGAGCCUCAACCAGCCGCCGGUCAGGCUGCAGGACAGCAGAGGUCCCGUGCCAACAGCACCUCGUCUCCAUCCUCGAACCCCACCAGCAGCUUCAGUCUCUUCGAGUCGGCAGCUCAGCAGUCUAGCCGUACGUCCACCUCGUCGCCCGCGGGAUCCCCUCCCCGUCCAGGCAAGGGCCCCGCCAGCUCGGGUGUUGCACCCAUUGGCACGCGUCCCAGCGGCCAAGCGCCCAAUCCUGCUCUGAACAAGCAGCGCUCCACCACUCCUCUUCCCUCGCCCCUGAGCUAUGGCUUCGCGGCCAGCAACGAGGAGAGCCAAGGCGAAAAGGACGGGCGAACUGCUUCUGCAGCUUCGAACCCCAACCCGCAAAACCAGCAAGACGUCGGACUGGGCUGGGGCUCCAAGGGUGGCGUGUGGGGAAAGAACUCCCUCGGUGUCCAGGCGUCGGUUUGGGGUUAA